AUGAAUUCCUCACUUUCCAACACCACUCUCAAGUGUCUCCAUGAUAUCAGCGUGACCUCAGUGGUCUUCCCCACCUUGUAUAGUAUCCUAUUCAUAUUUGCACUGCUGCUCAAUUUCAUGGCGGCAUGGAUUUUCUUCAGCAUUCCCAGCAAGUCAACCUUCCUGGUCUUUCUGAAGAAUGUGGUGGUAGCUGAUUUGUUAAUGACGUUGACCAUCCCCCUAAAGAUCCUGACAGAUGCCGGUGUGGGAUCAGGUCCACUGCGGGCUUUCCACUGCCGUUACUCAGCUGUUCUAUUCUACAUGACCAUGUAUAUCAGCAUCAUCUGGCUGGGCCUAAUCAGCCUGGACCGCUACCUUAAGAUAGUCCGGCCAUUCGGAAAGGGAACCCUGCAGAAGGUCUGGUUCAGCAAGGUGCUGAGUGUUGCCGUGUGGGUGGUCAUGUUAUCUGCAGCGCUACCUAAUGUGAUACUAAGUAAUCAACCGCCACGCUACUCUAACGGAAGAGUCAAAUGCUCCUCCAUGAAGAACAAGGCUGGCCUACUCUGGCAUCAAGGAUUCAUCUACUUCGGUCAGGUGAUCUUCUGGGGAACGCUGGCCCUGAUGGUGUUUUGCUACACUUUCAUCAGCAAGAAAGUGUACGAGUCAUACAAAGCAUCAAAGUGCACCUCCAAGGCAACUAACUACAAAACCAAAGCCAAGGUCUUUGUGGUGGUUGGUGUCUUCUUCAUCUGCUUUGCCCCCUACCACUUCGCUCGGGUUCCUUACACUCUGCAACAAGUCAGCAAAACAAAAAAGCAGUGCCGGGUGAAUGGGCUUUUUCUAGCUAAGGAGACAACAUUGUGGCUGUCGGCUGCCAACGUGGUCCUGGACCCACUCAUUUACGUGUUUCUGUGCAGCAUGUUCAGGGAGAGACUUACAGCCGCACUUAGACGCAAGCCCCUUCCUAAAGGAGACUCCCCUACUGCCACGACCACACAACUGGAGAUGUCUCAAACGGCAAACAAAUUGAUAAACACGGGCCCAUCAAAAUAA